AUGGCCACUGGUCCCCUGUGCCGACCCACAGCGCGGAUCCGCGCCGCCACGCCAGCGGGUCGUCGUCCGCGGCUGCUUCGAGUCGCCGCCGCCGCGCCUCCCAUGCGGUUUGAGGACUUCCCGGACCUCCAUCUGCUGCGGCCGCCGAUGAGGACCUACAUGGGCGUCCGACAGUGGUCGUGGGGGACGCGGGUGGCCGAAAUCACCGACUGCGAGACCCACAAGCGGAAGUGGGUCGGCUCCUUCCACACCGCCGAGCUCGCGGCCAUGGAAUAUGACCAGUGGCAGGUCCAAUUCCACGGUCGUGACGCGCGGCUAAACUUUCCCUUCGGUACGGCUCCGGUCCACCUCGUCCUGCCGGAGCCGGGGGUGGUGACCACAAGGAUGGCGCGGAAGGACAGGGAGGCAAGGAAGCGUCGAUGA